CCGGGCCCGCGGGUACGCGGAGGCCGCGGCCGGGCCCGCGCCCAUGGCCUUCACCUUCGCCUCGCCCACGCAGGUGUUCUACAACGGCGCCAACGUGAAGCAGGUGGAUGUGCCCACGCUGACCGGCUCCUUCGGCAUCCUGGCCUCGCAUGUCCCCACGCUGCAGGUCCUCAAGCCGGGGGUGGUGACCGUCCAUGCUGAGGAUGGCACAGCCACCAAGUACUUCGUGAGCAGCGGCUCCGUCACGGUCCACGCGGACUCCACGGUGCAGGUGCUGGCGGAGGAGGCGGUGACCAUGGACAUGCUGGACCUGGCGACUGCAAAAUCAAACCUGGAGAAGGCUGUUUCAGAGAUGGCUGCAGCAUCGGAUGAAGCAGCUAAAGCAGAAGCCCAGAUCAAAGUAGAAGCGAAUGAAGCCCUUGUAAAAGCCCUGGAGUAACUGAGGAAUUGCCCUGUGGAUGUAGAGAAAACCCAGCCUGCCCCUAUUGUACAGAUGAUUUGGGACAAACGGAGGCAGACAGAACGCUCUGAUCCAUUAAAAGGAAACGUUAUCCC